GGUUUUUUAGUUCACGGUUUUCAUUGCCUCCAAUUUAAACGAUUUUUCGAAUCUGAAGCGUGACCGUUGACAUGAGAGCCGUUUCCUUCCUCUCCAAAGCGAAAACUGCCACCGCCAAAACUAUUACUUCCCGGGCGACAGCUCUCUAUGCUCAAUCCUCAUCAGAAACCCAUGCCAAUUGCGAUUUCCGUCCAUCGGAAAACCACUACAUUUCUCUUGUCCACGCCUGUAGAACCACUGCACAACUCAAACAAAUCCACGCGCAGCUGUUCGUUCAUAACCUUUCACAAAGCAGUCGGGUCAUAACCCAGCUGAUUUCGACUUGUUCUCUGUUUAAAUCCAUGGAGUAUGCAGUCUCGGUUUUCCGCCAUUUUCAUGAUCCCAACUCAUUUAUCUUCAAUGCAUUGAUCCGAGGCCUGUGUGAAAGUUCCCAAUAUCAGAGCUCAAUUGAGCAUUUUAUUCUCAUGUUACGCUUUAAUGUACAACCUGAUAGGCUCACCUUCCCCUUUGUUCUCAAAGCGGUUGCAUCACUGGUUGCAGAUGGACUCGGUGGUCUGCUCCAUGCACAGACGAUUAAGUAUGGCCUUGAGCUUGAUUCCUUUGUUCGCAUUUCAAUAGUUGAUAUGUAUGUGAAACUCCGUUCAUUGGACUCUGCAUUACAAUUGUUUGGUGAAACUCCUGAGAGAAAUAAGCUUGAAAGCAUACUCCUGUGGAAUAUUCUGAUUAAUGGGUGUAGUAGAACUGGGGACUUGAGAAAAGCAAGGGAACUCUUCGAUACAAUGCCUGAGAGGAAUACUGGUUCUUGGAAUUCUAUGAUAAAUGGGUUCAUAAAACAAGGAGAUCUGGAGCAGGCAAGGGUAUUUUUUGAUCGGAUGCCAGACAAGAAUGUAAUUUCCUGGACGACCAUGAUAUCUGGGUUGUCAGAAAAGGGUAACCAUGAACUGGCUUUGGACCUGUUUAAUAGGAUGCUGCGAGAGGGUGGGAGGCCUAACGACCUUACUAUUGCCUCUGCACUCUCAGCUUGUUCGAAAAUUGGUGCUUUAGAAGCUGGAGUUCGAAUACAUGAGUAUGUUUCAAGACAUGGUUUUCAGUUAAACCGAACAGUGGGGACUGCUUUGGUGGAUAUGUAUGCAAAAUGUGGUAAAAUUGACUGUGCCAGUCGUGUUUUUGACGAGACAGUAGAGAAGGACCUUCUCACUUGGAGUGCUAUGGUUUCAGGAUGGGCAAUUCACGGAUGCUCCGAGCAAGCUCUUCAAUGCUUUGAGGCGAUGAAAUCCACAGGAAUUCAUCUCGACGAGGUUGCUUUUCUGGCUGUCUUAACUGCAUGCUCCCACUCCGGAUUGGUGGAUCAAGGGCUAAGUAUUUUCAAUAGCAUGAGACAUGAUUACUUCAUAGAACCGAAUGUGAAGCAUUACACAUGCAUGGUGGAUUUAUAUGGUCGGGCAAGUCGGCUAGAAGAGGCUCUUAGUUUCAUUAGGAGCAUGCCAAUUGAGCCCGACUUCGUGAUAUGGGGAGCACUCUUUUGUGCAUGUAGGCUUCACAAGAACAUAAAAAUGGCAGAAUUAGCAUCAGAGAGGCUCCUGCAAAUGGAACCUAAGCAUCCAGGGAGCUAUGUCUUCUUGUCCAACAUUUAUGCAGGGGUCGGGAGAUGGGAAGAUGUGGAGAGAGUGAGAAUCACAAUGAAGAAUAAGGGUAUUGAAAAACCCCCUGGGUGGAGUUACAUCGAAGUGGCAGGUCGAGUGCAUAGUUUUGUUGCAGGUGACAGGGCUCAUGACUGUGCUGGAGAAAUUUAUGCUAAGCUAGAGGAGCUAUCAGCUAGAGCAAAAGCACAAGGGUAUAUGCCCAAUACUGAGUCAGUACUUCAUAACAUUGAGGAAGAAGAGAAAGAAGUUGCAAUGGGAAGUCAUAGUGAGAAGUUGGCACUUGCCUAUGGGCUUAUUAGCACUCCUCUUGGGACGGCCCUCAGGAUUGUGAAGAACCUAAAAGUAUGUGGGGAUUGCCACUCUAUGAUGAAAUUUGCAAGUGAGAUGAGCCAAAGGGAGAUCAUACUAAGAGAUAUAAAGCGUUUUCAUCAUUUCAAAGAAGGGGUGUGCAGUUGUGGAGAUUACUGGUGAAAAUCACUUGUUUUGCGCACACUACAGUUUCUUUUUCCAAGAAUGGUAAACAGAGUUUCAUAGAAGUAUAAGUUUGGGCUAGCUAAUCCCAAUUGUGUU